AUGGCCGCCAACACUUCCUCCGGCGCUGUUGAUCAGCUUGCCAACGAUCUCAACAACACCUCCCUCAACGGCAGCGGCGACGCCAAGCCCACCGUCGACACCACCGUCGGUGCUGGUUCCGAGGAUGCAUCUGCUCCUACUCCCAGCUCUGCGGCUCCCCACCCCCAGAACUCCGCCUCUCUCUACGUCGGAGAGCUCGACCCCUCUGUCACUGAGGCCAUGCUCUUCGAACUCUUCUCUCAGAUCGGUGCUGUCGCUUCCAUCCGUGUCUGCCGUGAUGCCGUCACCCGUCGCUCCCUCGGCUAUGCCUACGUCAACUACAACUCCACUGCUGACGGCGAAAAGGCUCUAGAGGAGCUCAACUACACCCUCAUCAAGGGUCGCCCUUGCCGCAUCAUGUGGUCCCAGCGUGAUCCUGCCCUCCGCAAGACCGGCCAGGGUAAUGUUUUCAUCAAGAACUUGGAUGUGGCUAUUGACAACAAGGCUCUUCACGACACCUUUGCCGCCUUCGGCAACAUCCUGAGCUGCAAGGUUGCCCAGGACGAAAAUGGCAACUCCAAGGGCUACGGGUUUGUCCACUACGAGACGGACGAGGCUGCUCAACAGGCCAUCAAGCACGUUAAUGGCAUGCUUCUCAACGAGAAGAAGGUCUAUGUCGGCCACCACAUCCCCAAGAAGGAUCGUCAGAGCAAGUUUGAGGAGAUGAAGGCAAACUUCACCAACAUUUACGUCAAGAACAUUAGCACCGAUGCCUCAGACGAAGAGUUCCGCGAGCUUUUCGAGAAGUAUGGUGACAUCACUUCUGCUUCUCUUGCCCGCGAUCAGGAGGGCAAGAGCCGUGGCUUUGGUUUCGUCAACUUCACCACCCAUGAAAGCGCUGCCAAGGCUGUUGAUGAGCUCCACGGCAACGAUUUCCGCGGCCAGGACCUCUACGUUGGUCGUGCACAGAAGAAGCACGAGCGUGAGGAGGAGCUGCGCAAAUCUUACGAGGCUGCCCGUCUUGAGAAGGCUAACAAAUAUCAAGGCGUCAACCUCUACAUCAAGAAUCUUGACGAUGAUGUUGAUGAUGAGAAGCUCCGCCAGAUGUUCACCGAGUUCGGACCCAUUACAUCUGCCAAGGUUAUGAGAGAUGCUCCUUCUGACGGAUCCGACGACGGUAAGGACAAGGAGGAAGACACCGAGAAGGAAGCUGAGGCCAAGGAGGAAGUCAAGGAGGCUGAGGAGGACGACGCCGACAAGAAGGCUGAGAAGAAGGGCGACAAGAGACUCGGUAAGAGCAAGGGCUUCGGUUUCGUCUGCUUUAGCAACCCAGACGACGCGACAAAGGCUGUCGCUGAGAUGAACCAGCGCAUGAUCAACGGCAAGCCUCUGUACGUGGCUCUUGCUCAGCGCAAGGAUGUUCGCAAGAGCCAGCUCGAGGCCAGUAUCCAGGCUCGCAACCAGUUGCGUAUGCAGCAAGCUGCUGCCGCUGCCGGUAUGCCUCAGCAGUACAUGCAGCCCCCUGUGUUCUACGGACAACAGCCCGGUUUCAUCCCCCAGGGUGGCCGUGGUAUGCCGUUCCCCCAGCCUGGAAUGGCCAUGGGCGGCGUCCAGGGCGGUCGACCUGGUCAGUUCCCUGGCUACCCUCAGCAGGGCGGCCGUGGUGGCGUUCCCCAGCAGAUGCCUCCCAACAUGUACGGUAUGCCCGGACAGUUCCCUCCGCAGUUUGGCCAACCCGGCACUCCUCAGUUUAUGGCUGCUAUGCAGGCUCAACAGGCUGCCAUGGGCGGACGUGGUGCUCCUCAGGGUGGUCGUGGCAUGCCACCCCCUAACGCUGGUCCUGGUGGCAUGCCUGGAUUCCCUCCCAACAACCGCCAAGGCGCCGGACGCGGUGGAAACGGCCGCAACAACAACAACAAUGGCCCCAGCCAGGCUCCCCGAGGCGAGGGCAACUCCGGCUCUGUGCUCCAAGCCCAGCUUGCCAAUGCCCAGCCAGCCCAGCAGAAGCAGAUCUUGGGUGAAAUUAUUUUCCCCAAGAUUCAGGCCAUCAACUCUGAGCUUGCUGGAAAGAUUACUGGCAUGCUCCUGGAAAUGGAGAACAACGAGCUCAUCAACUUGAUUGAGGAUGAUGUCGCCCUCAAGGCCAAGGUCGACGAAGCCCUUAAUGUCUAUGACGAGUACGUCAAGUCUCAGGGUAACGAAGGUGCCGAGGCUGGUGAGGCCAAGAAGGAGGAGGAGUCCAAGGCCUAA